CAGUUGGCUGCAGCAUCAAACGACUGUCCCCCACUACAAUACUAUAAUGGUGCAUCAUGUGCACCAUGCUCAACGUGUCCUCGAGCAUUCGGUGUUAAGACCCAAUGUUCAGCCCUGAAAGAUACAGAGUGUCAAGAGUGUUGGCCUGGAUAUGAUUAUUCAGGGACAAAUGAUAUGACGCCGUGUAUUAAGUAAGUCAGAACUAACGCAAUAGAUGCAUUCAGUGUUAUGAGAUUGUUGGCGAGUUUAUGUCCUUGUAUUGUUGCUUGAGGUUGUUCAUUCUACUCCGAAGAUCAUGUUCAGUUUCAAAUACUGUAAUGAUAGACUGCGAAUAAUACGCUCAUUUUUUCUCAGGGAUAGUAAAGUGAGCGAGAUACGUCAGAGCGCACGUGAUUUUUUCUUCCUAUUAACCCCCUGACCAACCCCGAAGCCCCUUGCAAACGGACGCAACAUUGUUGGCCAAGGCCUUUCAACAUUGUUGGAUGAUACUACUUAUUGUGUCCCUUUGCACAUCUUGUUGCAUGUUGUUGCAUCUGUUUGGACACCAUUGCAACACUUGCGGCAACCAAGUUUGGAGUUGUUGCCUCCGUUUGCACUUAGCUUAACGGCCUUCCCUCCGCGUGUAGCCUCUCAUAUAAAAAUGGUAAUUCUAAGAAUGUUGGCGUCAUUUGCUCACUAUACUACCAAAAAGGAAAGCCGGUCAGGGUUUACUCAAAUACUGUCUCACAGAUAGUUACAAUGAAGAAAUAACAAGAUAUCCAGUUUCACUCUUCUCUAGCCUUUUCCAAAUCUUUUCUUAACUUUGAUUUUUCCCCAAAAAUCAUUUUCAGGAGCCUUUUAACACCAGGGUCUUUCUUCGUUUCACAGAUGUAUUAACGACCAUUCAAAUUGUCCCGAUGGAAAUUUUAAGGUGAUAAGGAAGUGUACAAUAUAUUCUCCAACUCUCUGCAGUGGUUGUGACGAGGGAAACUAUUUCGAUAAUAGUACAGGAUUAGACGGGGGAUGUGUGGAGUGUUCAAAGUGCGCCAUUGACGAAGUGGAGACACAAAAGUGUAGCACUGCACAUGACCGAAAAUGCGAAAAGAAGCCAUCGACUACGAGUGAAAUAUGGGCCCCAAGUAAGUAUAACUAAACGCAAACAAAGGAAACUGGCAUAGUCUCUCCCUUUUCUGUUUAGUCUUUGCCCACUUUCUAAGUUCACUUCCUGAUGGAGACAGGUAUCUUGCUCUUUAAAUUAUCAGUCAUUCAAAAAUAUAUUCUCCUUGUCUGAUUGGCUCAAAUCUUCCAGCUAAUUCUCUAUAACCAACUAGCGUUGACCAAAUUUGGAAGACGUUUGCGGUAUCGCGUAAUUAAAAAUGACGUAAUAUGAAUAGCACAUGAGAUUGUCAGAGAAAGUGACAGUAGCCUAGAAGCCCUGAGGACGAAGUUGAGUUAGCUUUGAUGUUUUGGUAGAGCUGGAGAAUAUGGCAGAAAAUUGUACACUUUUUUAAAGAAGUAACGUUGUGCCUUUAAACUUAGUAAGAAUAGCGAAAAUAUAACUAGACGGUUGGUAACAGCUGCUUGAGUAUAAAUAGCUAGACUAAACAUCUCUUAGCUUUCUAUCCUGAGUUUACCAGGGAACGGGCAAAUGAAGAAGGGAACUUAACCGACCGAAAAAUCCACCGGCGUCAAAAGCUUAGUACCCAUAUUCCCUGGUCGGUUUUUGGGGUGGGAAAUGUCGAUAUUUCAUAAGUAUGGCCGCGGCGAGUAGAGCAAAGUCUUUGAAAAUGUUUAUAAUCGUGCUGGUAAACGAAAGCCUAUGGGAAAAUCACUGUCAAUAUGCCCUGGUCACCUACAAAUUAACGAGAGAAAUCGUCAGUAAAUCGUGACAUGAAAGAAAGAGUGUAUAAAGGUUUCUGCAGCCAAAUUUUUAGGUUUUCGUUAUAAAGACGAAACGCUCCUUAAAAUCUUGUAAUUGAAAGUACGGCUACUCCAUGUCCUCCAACUUUCUACCGGCCCCUUUAGAGUAGCUACCAAUUACAAUUAAAACUUUCGAGACGAUCAAGACACUGAUCCCAUUCAGAUAAAUUGUUUUUUAGGGCAGCGCCAAAUGAACAAAAUACUCUUCUAAAAUAUAGAGAAAACCAGUAGAACACGUUUGACGUUUUAUCUUAACAACCUAAGUUUUAUUUGCUUGACUAUAUAUGAAGUUACAGUAUUGUAAAAGCUUUACGAUAAAGUUACAAUUAAUACUAAAAAUUGAUAGGUAUAAUAAGACAAUCAAUGAUUACAAUGCAAAACAUUUAAAACAUUCGGUCGUUGGGUGCUCCUGAUAUUCAUACCACUGAUCUGUCGGCAUCAGGUACAGCUGCUGGUCAAACAGAAAUCACCGAAAAGACACCGAGCGUUUCCAGUAGCAAGACUAUUGAUUGGAUUGAUUGGACACAGGCCUCCACUACGGAACCUUCUGAUCCUGAUCCCGAAGAGAGAACCUCAGGGAGCAAAAAAUUAGUUCAGUGGGGACUUGUAUCCGGUUCCCUAGCAUUACUGGCUGUCGUUGUUGCGAUCCUAUUAUGUUGGAUUAGAAGAAGAAGAAAAAGAAGAAGAAGGGCACGUAAGAAGAACAAAGAAUCCAAUGGUUCGGCUCAUCAGUCCACCCCAUUAAUGCAGCAGCGUAAGUAAAUAAAUAACAAGAGAACAUUAAGGGCAUCUAAUUUUCUUAUUUUCUUUUUGUGAAGCGUUUAAUAUUGAAAGCAAAUAUAAAUUACUCGUUAUUUCACAUUAUACAGUCAAAAAGAAUCAUUGUGGAGGGUCACAAAUAUUUGAAAGACCCGGAGCAAGGGUGGCGCAGUGGUGAGAGCACUCGCCUCCCACCAGUGUGGCCCGGGUUCAAAUCCCGGCGUCGACGCCCGGGUUGAGUUUGUUGUUGGUUCUCCCCUUUGCUCCGAGAGCUUUUUCUCCGGGUACUCCGGUUUUCCCCUCUCCUCAAAAACCAACCUCCAAAUUCCAAUUCGACCAGGAAUCAGGUAGACGAAGAACUACUAUGUGGAUGUGCUACCUGCAAAUCGUUAUUUAUUUAUUUAUUUAUUUAUUUAUUUAUUUAGACAAUACUUGGUUAAAUAUUAAAUGGUAAGAAAUAAGUCAUAAGAAAUAUCUUUGUCAGACUUAGUAAAACAUUUUGAACUAUUUUCAGAUAAAUGCAAGUUGUCAGUGAGUGUGUUUUUGAGAACAUGGGAACUGUUUUUUUCCAAUUAAGGGAAUACAUUUUUCACUGAGGAGCCAGAGGUACGAGAAGGUCAGCUGAAAUAGUGAGAUUUGAGAUAUUUCGAAGACUUUUACGGCUAAUGUCAAUCUACGUGACGGCCUAAAAAAGGGUAGGCAGUUUGACGGCUGUCGGUUGACUGCUAUGAGACCCCAUGAAAACCAUAUGAAACGGCAGCCAUGUUGGUGUCCCAAACCAAUUUAAACCUUUUUCUAAUUAAAUAAUAUAAACUUUUUUGUUGAAAAAAAUUUGCGUAACUGCUGGCCAUGUGAGUGUGAAAAGAUUAAGGCUCCAUAUGAACCAAACCAAGCAUAUUCUGACUAUAAGAUUGAAUUCUGAAUCAACUAUAAGAUGGAUUCAAGGUAAGACAACGCUAUAAGUUCAUGCUUAGAGAGCGUUCGGUCUGACUCACAACUAAACUUUCUGUUAAUCGAUUCACUUAUAGGAAUAGAAUCAACAACUUUUUUAAAAACCGUAAAAUUCCUUACCCUUUAGUUGCCAAUUUUAUACAAAUUCUAGGCCCUCAAUAUUCUUAAAAAAUCUUUCUUUUCACUUUAUUAUUUUUUAAAUUUCAUAGCCGAAAGAAAUGUUAACGUUAUCACAAUAAUAUUGUCUUUAUUUUUCUUUUUUCUUUCCUUCUUAGAUGGGUUGGAUACAUUAAUUUCAAGUAUCAAAACUGCUGAUAGAAAGUUCAUAACCAUGCACCUCAACGAAAAGGAUACUCAUGGUAAAUUUCCUUUUUUUUUUUUUUUUCAAUUUUUAGGGUUUAAUGCUCUCUUUAUGGGUAUUUUCGACGAAAUUGUCGCGAUGGUCGCUAUAUGUUUGAUGAAACGACGAUCGUAGAGAUUAAUUAAGUGAGCGAUGGCAUUGCAAUUCUGAUCAAUUUUGACGGCGUUAGUCUUGCGAUGACGGCAAAGAAUCUCCAAAAAGUGUGAUAAAAAGUUCAGGGUUAUUGUUUUCCUUAUUAAAUCCGUUUUUCUUUUAAUUCUCUCGUUUCGUCGUCGUCGUCAAUUCAUGCGACGAUUGUGUUGAAAAUAAGGCGGUGAUUUGAUGGAAGCUCGCGACCAAAAAAUGUACCCAUAGAGAGGCCUAUGUUUUAUGCGAUCAGAUACCACUUUGUUAAAGCUACACUUACACAGUUUGCAGUGUGGAGAGCUGAGAAAUGAUUAAGUCUUGCGGGCUGUCAAGGUCUUACAGAAGGUCCCAAUUACGUUAUUUCUGGGGAACACUCAUCGUAUAGGAAAGUCACAGGGGUCAAACGGAUUUUUUUUUCUUAGUACUAGACAGUGUGUACUUAGUCUUGUUGGACUGAUUGGUUCUAUAUUCCCAAUUUAUACAUUAUAACUUGUUGCUCCUACAGUUCCGCUUCCCUCAGUCCUUUAAGCUCUUAAAUCCCAGGCUUUAAAUAUUUAAAUAAUUCCUCUAUACAGUAUAUAAUGACUCGAAAUGCAGAUAAUACACAAGGAUUUUUAGAGUUGCCGGCUGCAGUAAGUAAAGUAUCUGUGCAGCUGAAGAGGUUUCAUUCGCAUUAUUCAAAUGUCUUUGCACUCAACCAAGAUUCCUCGUAUAUUUAAAUACUUUAAGUUGUACUCUUUUCAUUUUAGGGUAUCACUACUGGAAAUUUGUUGCCGACCACGUUGGAUUAAAGGAAGAAAAAAAAAACUGGGAACAAUCGGAUAAUCCAGCAGAGAAAUUUCUACACGCGUUCUCUGUGAAGGAACACAGCACAAUCGGAAAGCUCAUUGAGGCGUGCGGAGAAGAGGCUGGUCUGACACUCCUUGUUAGUGAGCUGAAAAAAAAAUUUUCAGCAGCAAACCAGAGUGGAAGCGUUGAAAAUUUGGCUCCGAACGGAUCUACAUGGGUGUAA